CAAUAGAAUUGGCAAAGCAUCUCCCAAUCCCCCAUCGCCACAUGCAACAGUUAUCUAACGACUGAUUGAGAUUAGUUCAGCCUAGAAGGCUCUUUGGAUGACAUCUGCCAAUGCCUUGUCCAUCCACAACAGUUCGUGUGAUUCAGGCUCUUCGUGUUGCACCAGGCCUUCGAACAGUACCUGCAUGGCUGUUUCAGAAGACGGAAAACUGAUCUCAUCGUUGUCUCUCGAGGGACGAUGUGGACUCCUGACAUCAAGAACUGUCAAGGUGCGACUGCUAGCGAGAAGGAUACUGUUGCGAGUGCCGAUCGCGCUGUAUAAGACACCAGAGCAGUUUAUGAUGGCGAUUGAAGUCAUGAUGGGAUUCAGUUACAGCGAGGUGCAAUAUUUGUCCCAAUCAAUAAGAGUGAGAAGAGCAGCAUCAUCGAUGUCAGUAAACUCUGAGGAUGUCCACUUCUCUGCAGAUGUCGAGUAGUCGAAGAGCGCUGGACAGCUAUUCCUUCCGCGUUGAAGGAAGAGGACAGUUACAAGCUCGUAUGUCGAUACAAGUAUCAAACAAUCUCACCGUUACCGCCUAGAAUGCUUGGUUCCUCAGCAAGCUUCUGCAGCUGCUCAUCUGUUGAAAUUUUCAUCUCCUGCAACGAUAGCAGGGGUAGCCAUUCGACCCUCAAGCUUCCUCUCUCGCCGCAGUCUGCAUGCAUGUUCAAGCCUGUAAAGCCUAGAGGAUACAACCUUUUAGUCACCCACUGUGCGUUAGCCUGAGAGAUCACAGAAAAUCGAAAUAGAACAAAAUCACAGAAAUUCUUGCCGAGUCUUCUUGGAGUCUCUGCUGAGGCUUUUUGGAGCGGAAUGUCUCGCUGUCGGUGACGACUUCGUUCCGUUUUUCUACUGGCUAAAGUCCAAGCAGGCAAUUGCACGAACGUCAUCGAGCCAGAAAACAUCCAUCGGUGCAAUUUUAUAUGGUAGAAAACCACAUCCAUCAUCACCCACUGACAACGAAAUCAGAAAAAUGUCUUCCCUUCGCUACGAACGUGUCGGACUUUCCAAAGCCGAAGAACAGAACAGACACGAUGUACCAGUACUUUAGCAGAGGAUUACCUCCAGCCUUCGCAUAGACCGGACUCGGUGGAUGGCACACUGACGGGAGGAGACUUGACAAGCGAUUCAAUCUACUUGGCGACUGGAAUCUGAACAUCAAUCUCAGACAUUUUUUCCAAGUCUCAUACACAUGGUUUUCUGAGACCACCUUUUCAGCAUCACCGCCAUCGCUCCCCCAUUUCUCGUGGGUGAAGAUAUCUGCUUUCUCCAGAGUCAUGUGACGACCCUCAAGGUCUUUACCGCAAACCAUCGUACCCACUGGAAUUGGUCAUGCAAAAGCUGGAUGAUCCCGAUUGAGCAAUGUGCCUCCUCGGAGGAUGUACCGGAAAAAAGAAUCCUGCACAUCUAGGUACUUUUAUGAAACUCUGCGGUCUCGGCCCUGCUUCAGAGAGCCCGUUCACAAGCUAGCCCAGACAGAAGCAUUCGUCUCCUACUCUGUCUUCUAUGUACGGGCUUCAUAUCGUCAUCGGUAUUUUCCAACAUUCCACAGAAGAACAAAUUGAAC